AUGAGUUUGAAAGCAAAAUCACCACCAUCGAGUGGUCGAAAACGGGUGGAAAAAUAUAUUGGACAGCAGGACACGAGCGGACCAAUAGGAUGGUUGUUGCGGCUGUGCAAGUCCAUCAGCACGUUUGUGCUUAUCUUUCUCGAGCAAGGUGCCGUCCAUGGGCUAGCACAUUUGGGCAAACCCUUUCUACACAUUUUGGAAAAGCUCUUCUGGUUGGCAUUGAUCGUCGUAUCCAUUUACUUCUCUGUCGUACUGAGCUUUGUGUCCUGGGAGCGCUACCAAAGCAAGAGUACGGUGGUUGCGAUUGAAAAGGAUCAUUACUACUGGAACACCUCCAUGCCAAGUCUUACAAUCUGUCCGCUCACACGUAUCCAUCGACCGUAUUUACUCAACUACUGCAGUAAAAAUGGCAUUUCGAAGGAAGAAGAUCAGGAGGAGUUGUUUAACUUUUUGGAGUCGCUGGCCAACUCAUCGUACUUCAAUUUUGAAAAUAUUAAGUACAGCGAUAAUGUGGAUAGCCUGCUGGAUAUGUUACAGAUAAAGCCGGAAAACUACAUGAUGGUAAUCUACAACCUUACCCGCGAUCUUACCCGUCUGGACGAUACGGAACUGCGUGUCCGCACGCAAAGCAACCUCGAGUACUUACGCACCUAUCAAACACUUACCGAGUACGGUAUCUGCUACACCACCAACAGUUUCAUCUCGUCAAACUUAACUGCUAGUUUAUUGCUGACCGGAAAGCAAACACCGUUGGACGAUUUUUACUUGUCACGUGUCGUGCAUAACGUUCGAUACGGGAACCUCUUUGAUGGGGACAUUACGUACAGCUUUAUUGGCUUUGAGCCACCGAUAACGAUCUUUUAUCACAGCCCGUACGAGACGCUUAACAUUGCCAAGUAUCAACCGCUGACAAAUGAAGCGCACGAGUAUGAAACGUUUUCUAUCGAAAUCGUUACCACGAAGGAUUUUAAAGAGGACACGACAAUCUCGCAGCGUGGCUGCCGGUUUCACUACGAGUCCAACCUGACGCACUACAAGAUCUAUACUAAAGGCAUCUGUUUGCAGGAGUGUCGCAUCCAGCUCGCCGACAAGCUGUGCGGUUGCAUACCCCAUUUCUAUCCUAAUCCCGAUGGACCGAGGGCGAAGAAAGUUUGCCACUACAAGCAGCUGAUGAAGUGCUUUCCACGCUAUCAGAAACUAUUUCUCGAGUUUAAGCAGGAUAACAACGACAAAAAGGGUAUUCCCUGCUACUGCGAGCAGAACUGCGUAGACUCAAAGGUCAUCAUCGAGCAUAGACAGAUACUGAAGCAAACGCAAAAGCUCAUCGGUAGCAUCGGUGGGCUGAUUGUCGUGAAACGCUAUCCAUUGGUUCGAUUCAGCCGGCAGCUUCUGUUUACUUUCACCGAUUUGCUGGUAUCGAUAGGAGGUACGGCAGGAUUUUUUCUAGGCUUCAGUGUGCUCGGUAUGGUAGAAAUAUUGUACUUUUUCACCCUUCGCUUGCUGUGGUACAUAGCAGGACGACGUUAA